GGAGAGGAAAAGAAUAGAGAGAGGAGGGUAGAAGUGUUUAAUGUUGAGCCACAAUGCUCUAUUCAAUGAUCCGUGACUAAUCAAACCUGGAUGUAAAGAAACUCCACCCACCCGCCAUCACCUCCGCUCGCCACUCUUUGCUGCCCAGAGUCCAAUGGCAAAGCAUGACCCGAACACACCCCCUCCUCCUUACUACUCUGUUGCUGUCCACGCCCAGCCCCCUCUCAGGCCUUAUGAAGAGGUGGUGUAUGGCUUGGACCCCAGCCUGAAGCCCCCCACCCAGCCGCACUACAUCCCCCAGUAUCCACCACCGCCAGUGGUUGCUCCCCAAGUCACACAGUCUGGCACACCCCGGAGUAGGAAAAAGAGAUGCUGUCAGGGUAAUACACAGUGGUACGGCGGGUCAGGAGCAGCCUUACUGCUGCUUGGUCUGCUGGCUCUAGCCAUCUGGCUCGGAGUUCGUUAUGGCACCUCGACAACAACAGUGAUCUUCCAUCCGGACGACGAUGAUUCUGAAAGUGAAAAUGAGCCUUUUCAAGAGCUUGACACCUGCCCCAACAACACUGUGCAAUGUGAUGCAAUAAGAGACUGCCAACUGGGCACUGAUGAAACAAACUGUGUGCGGUUUGGUCGGGACAGCAGUCUGCAGGUCAGGACAGCUAAAGAUGGCCGCUUCCUACCAGUCUGUUACAGUAACUGGACUCAGAGCUGGGCCAACCAGGUCUGCACUCAGCUGGGAUUCAGAGGCUCCUAUGCCAGCAAAGUGAUUAAGUCUCAGGAGUCUAUUGGUUUGGUACUGACCAGCGGAUUGUCUUCCCCUAUCCAGGGUCAGGUAGAAGUCAGUCCUUCCUGUCCAAACCAAGAGACUGUCUCCCUGCAGUGUAUUGAUUGUGGUCAGCAGCAGUCCACAGACCGGAUCAUUGGGGGCAGCAUAGCUAAGACAGGCCAGUGGCCUUGGCAGUUGUCGCUCCACUUCAGAGGAUCCCACGUCUGCGGAGGAGUCCUGAUCUCUCCUGAUUUUGUGCUCACCGCUGCCCACUGUUUCCCGAGCUCUUCAUCCCUCUCUGCUGAGAACUGGAAGGUGUAUGGUGGAGCAGUCUCUCUGAACAAUCUGCCUCAGCCCUACACAGUGAAGAAGAUCAUACUCAAUGAGAACUACAACCGCAAAACUAAUGACCAAGACGUUGCUCUACUCAAACUAACAUCUGCAGUAAAAUUUGAUGAUAAAGUUCAGCCAGCUUGUUUGCCAGUUUCUAACCAGCAAUUUCCCCAUGGAACCAACUGCUGGACAUCAGGUUUUGGCACUACUGAGGCAGGUUCAGACACUGUCUCCAAUGAUCUGAUGGAAGUGAGUGUCAACAUCAUUGACAGACAAGUGUGUAACAGCCCAAAAGUGUAUGAAGGCGCAGUGACCAGGAACAUGAUCUGUGCUGGGAACCUGGAAGGAGGCAAAGACUCCUGUCAGGGUGACAGUGGCGGACCUCUGGUGUGUCGGGGAGACAGCCGUUGGUUUCUGGUGGGGAUCACCAGCUGGGGAGCUGGCUGUGGGGCGAGGAACAAGCCUGGUGUUUACACCAAAGUCACCAGUGUUCUGCCCUGGAUCUAUAGCAAUAUGCAGCGACCAUGAGAAGCCAUGAUGCCCCCCGGUCUGCUCCCCCGCUUCCCCAGUGAACUCCGCACUAUGAAGUCAUGAAAGAGAUGAAUGGAUUUAUAGAAGAAUGUAUUAUGAGAAGACAUUGCAGACAGAAAGACAGACAUAUGAAUGGUUCAUGCUGGCUUGAAUGAGUAGCAGCAUGACAAAAUGCACAAGUUGAGCACAAUUACUGCCCCUGCAUGUAUAUUCAUCCAAUGUCCCACGAUGUGUUUUACACUCCCAAAACCGGAUUAUUGAUAAAACUAAUUAAUGCACUGACUUCAGUCUUGCAUUCUUGAUUUUAUUUACUAUCACUUGGUGCCUCAGUAAUACAGCACACAGACAGCAUGCUCAGGUCUACAUUUAUGAUAAACAGACUUUAAAAGCAGCUGAGCUGUCUCUCACUGCUUCUGUUGUGUGCCAAUGAAAAACAGUCAACUUGACUAUGAUGUCUAUGUGGUUUGAUAGUGAUAAUCCUUUAAAAUAAUGAAUGAUUAAAGAGUUGUGGCUUUUUUCCCCUCAAGAGACACAUCUCAGGUUUUUCAAUGUUGACCAUUGUUUACUAAAUUAAAAUUUAAAAAAGACA